AUGGAGAUUACCAUUGAUGGACACGAUAUCCAGAUACUUAAUAUCAAGUGACUGAGAGAAAACAUUGGCAUUGUAAGCCAGGAACCGGUAUUGUUUGGGACCACAAUAGCAGACGACAUUUGACAUGGCAGAGAGGAUAUUACUGAUGCUGGAAUUGAGCAAGCAGCUAAAGAAGUAGUUGCUUCUGACUUCACAUCAAAAUUCCCUCAGAGAUUUCACACCAUGGUUGGAGAAAGGGCAGCCCAGCUGAGUGGAAGGCAGAAACAGCACAUUGCUUUUGCCCAUGCCCUGGCCAGAAAAUCCAAGUUCCUGCUGCUGGAUGAGGCCACCUCUGCUCUGGAUACUCAGAGUGAAUCCACAGGGCAAGCAGCACUCAAUAAGGAAGCAGCAAUGACUUGAAACAACACUCAAUGAAAGUGAAAGAAGAAAGUGCAAGAGCAGGACUGAAGCUGAACAUUAAGAAAACAAACAUCACAACUACAGAAUUACAGAACCUUACCGUAAUGAAGAUUACUUCAGUAAUGAAGAAAUUGUGAAAGAUUUGUGUACCUUGGCUCAGCCAUCAAUUCUAAUGGAUACUGUAGCC